CUGUCUUUAUCCAUAUCAUUAGAAUUUGUCCACGUGUCCCAAUUAGCUGACGUCAUAUUUUACCUUUUCUCUUUUUAUCGUCAUUCUGCAUCAUCGUCUUCCUCAGAAAAUUUCCAGUUGUGUUUUGUUUCAGAGAUGUUCUCUUCCUCCACCCUCCUCUAUUCUCUUUCUCUCUUCCUCUUCCUCUCCCUCUCACUCCUCUUCUUCCUCUCCCCUCACAUCCUCCUCUCUUCCUCCGGCAACAACCUCCUCUCCACCGCCGAUGAACUCGACGACCUCUCCCUCUUCCACCGCGCCGCCCUCUCCUCCUCCAACACCCGCCGUCUCAUCUCCCUCUCACAGACCCCUCCUCCUCCCAAGAUCGCGUUCCUCUUUCUAACAAACACCGAUCUAACCUUCCUACCUCUCUGGGAAACCUUCUUCCAAGGCCACGAGCAUCUCUACAACGCUUACAUCCACGCGGAUCCAUCCUCCGCAACCUCCCCACUCCUCUCCUCCUCAAUCAACGCCAAAUUCAUCCCGGCGAAGAGAACCGCACGCGCCUCCCCGUCGCUAAUCUCCGCGGAACGGCGACUGAUAGCACGCGCCAUCCUCGACGACCCUGACAACCUCUACUUCGCUCUCGUCUCGCAGCACUGCAUCCCUCUCCACUCCUUCAGUUACAUCCACAGCCACCUCUCCAAAUCUCGCCAAAGCUUCAUCGAGAUCCUCUCCGACGAGCCUUUCCUCCCGCAACGGUACAACGCGCGUGGAUACGACGCGAUGAUGCCUGAGAUCCGUUACCAAGACUUCCGCGUGGGGUCUCAGUUCUUCGUUCUGUCGAAACGUCACGCUUUGUUGGUGAUUCAAGAGAGGAAGCUGUGGAGGAAGUUUAGGUUGCCGUGCGUUGAUGCGGAGUCUUGCUACCCUGAAGAACAUUAUUUUCCGACGCUCUUGUCUCUCGAGGAUCCUGGAGGAUGUAGCCGGUUUACACUCACACGUGUUAACUGGACCGGUAGUGUCAGCGGUCAUCCUCACACGUACGGUGCCUCCGAGGUGUCAUCUCAGCUGAUUCAUAGGUUGAGGAGAUCGAACUCGAGUUUGGAUUACUUCUUCGCGAGAAAGUUCUCGCCGGGGUCGUUGCAGCCGUUGAUGGAAAUAGCAGAUGAUGUGAUCUUCAGGGAUUGAAUGAAUCAGUCAAAA